AUGACUGGCUGGGAAGAACAGCCUCCUCCGUAUGGAAUGGACGAAUCGGCUGACGUGACUGCCAGUGUGACUGCGACGUCCGAGGCAGACGAUCCGUUCCGCAUUGUGGAGCGAUUGACUAACGAAAACCAGUUGCUGAGCCAGCAGGUAGCCCAUCUCGAACGCCUAGUCCAGGCCUUGUCCGACCCAAGCUCCCCCGAGUGCCAGCAGGUUCACCAGACUGUUUUCGCAGAGGCUGCUCGGUUCAAGGAGAAUGCAGAAACGUAUUGUUUCGAGCUUCUUCGCGACUCGGAGCAGUCUGAGAAGGCCAGAGCUGACGCCAGAAUCGCUGAGGUCGAGAAAGAGAUGCUGGCACUUCAACAAACCCAUAUUGCUGGGCAGCAGGAGCUCAGUAGAGUCACAUCGGUUCUGAACAGCAUGGAACUGGCCCACGAGGACGAAACCUCGCGACUACGAGCCAUCAAUGACCGUAGAAGAGAUACAAUCAAGCGUCUGAGAGGGUCUCUUGACGACAAAAAGUUCCAGCGAAAAGAGAACCGCAAGAAGAUCAUGGCGGAAAACGCAGAACUCAAGAGCAGUCUGGGGAACCUGCAAAAGGACAUCAAGAAGCUGGAGAAAACCAACGGAGAGAUCCAGAGCCAACUCGCGUCCACUCAGAGAUGGGCUGAACGCCUCGAAGAGACCGAAUCGACCUUGCAGGCAGAAGUGGAGGAACUACGUCGCGAAAACGUCCGUCUCAAUUGCGACGUGGAGGACCUGCAAUCGGACCGAGAAGACGAAUAUCUCAUGGACGACGGUCAGCGAGACUGGCAAGCGCUCAGAGACCAACUGCAUACACAAUACUGCGAGCUGGCCGCAGUAGCCAACAUCAUCAAUCUGCAUGUCAAAGACACUACUGUUCUGGAGGCUCUAUCCAACGCCGUCAAGUCGGUUCAGAAUGUGAAACUCAGUGAUCGAAAACGAGCCAAGCGGAAACCUGUGCUUUCUACUUCAAAGAGUGAUGCAGACAGUGAGAUGGGGGACUACGAAGGUCAGCCCAAACGAAGCAAAACGUAG